AACUGGGGUCUAUCAACCGCGCCAACACUGCCCCGCAAAGCCGAAUCCCGGCGGCGCAUGAGCGACAUCGAGCAUUCGGUUGCCCAGGCGACUGCGUCCCUUGGCGCCAAAAGCGGUCGGCAUGGCCAGCGCGCUGCGCUCGUGGAUGCCCAGCCGUGCCAAGGGACUCGCGAUGGACAUAUUGGCCCACGCGCUGACAGAGCUCAACAGCGGCCGGCUGCCGGCGUUCUGCUCAAAAUUCAAGGUGUCCUUCAGCGCGGGCUCGGCCGACGACGCCGGCGACGCCUCCAGGCCUCAGCUGGACGACUCGCGCCGGGACCCCUGCGUCGUCAUCGAGAACGUCAUGGAGGAGCCUGCUGCGCCCCAACGGCGCGCCUCGGACCCGCUGUCGGCGGUGGGCGACUGCCUGCUGCGUUCCUCGGCGAGGAAGAAGAGCGAGGCACGCGCCAACUCGAUCGUGCUGAGCACGGCGCGCAGGCUCUGCCGCAGGCGUUCGGGAGGCAGCCCGCACGCUGAAGGACACCUUGACGCCAACGCCUCGCCGCUGAAAGAGUCCCGGGACAAGGCCCAUUUCGACAAAGGGGCGGGCGCCCAGCAUGGCGAGCCGCUCCAGCUGGACCCGGCAGGCACCUCGGGCUCGCUCGAGUCGGUCGGCGACCACGAGCCUCUCUGCUCGCACCGCGAUUACGUGCUCCACGCACAGGCCGUGUUCGAGACCUACUGGAAAGGAAACCUGCACAACAUACUCGACGUGCUCAAGGAACUCACCGACAGGGGCUCCGCGGAACUCGGUUGGAAGCGGCAGGGGAAGCUUCACGAUUUCACUAAGGCGGUGACUCGGGUCUGGCAGCGCGUGGGGGAGCAAGUGUCGACUAACGCGAGCGAAGUCCUCUCCCACCUCGAGAACCACCAAAGCAGUGCACCGUCACGACCAGACUUCCUAGCGCACGAGCUGCUGCCCCUGCUGCUGCGCAUGCGCGAGGUCUGGUGGAUCACCCAGCGCCACGUGGCGGGGAACUUCCUCGCCCUGUACCAGAAGUACGACGGAGCUUCGGACCAGUGGCUUAUGUCGCUGAGAGAGGUGGACGUGCACCUUCUCCGCACGGCCAUCGUGCACCGCGAGAUCAUGGAGUGCGAGCUCCAGAAGGUACUGCGCGCCGCAGACCGGGAGCUGGCAUCCGGAUGCUGCUGUCUGCGCGAGAUCUUCGUCAAGGAAGGCAUCGGCUACUGGCUCGCCGAGCACCUGGACCUCAUCUGGAGCGAGUUCGGCAACCAGGUCCAGAAGGGCGUUGUCAACCUGCACAAGGCGUUCGACUCGUCGUACCUGCGCGACUGGGCGUCGUCUCUGGACGCGAACGAGGUGGCGCAGCACAUCCACUCGUCGUGGACGGCGUUCAUCGGACGCGUCCAGGAGAGCCGGCGCUACGUCGUCGAGGAGGAGACGGCGCGCCACGCGCGCCUGGACGACGUGGACACCGGCUCCGUGCCGCAGCGCAUCUACGUCUACACGAGCAUCCUGCGCCGCUACGAGGAGCUCGCCAACCACCACUGGCAGGUGACGUACCGUUCGACGAUCGCCAUCCUGGACCAGGCGCUGAGCGGGGGCGCCGUCGGGGGCGCUGGCCCGUCGGCAGGGCCGGUGGCGCACACCAAAGUCAUGGUGAUCGUCACCAAGAUCUGGGAGGAGGUCAUGGUCGAGAUUCGCCAGGCCUUUAAGGAGUGUCGCGAGAAGUUCGAGGAAGCCAUCCUCGUCGACCACGGGCUCUGAAUCACUCGCGGCUUGUUCCUCACCUCACGUUGGCGUCACCCCAUUAACCACCGAGUAAUAAAACAGAGCGUAUACGGUCCUGCGAGCCUGCGUGGAUGGCCGCUCGCUUAGAG